CUUAGAAUUAUUCACUUGGUCGCUAGCCCAUGUCAGGCUAUAGACGGCGUUAUCGUAGAUUCUAGGAAUAUCCAGUGUUGCAUUAGACAUUUUGUUUUUUUUGCAGCACGGUUGCUCCUAGUUAGCUAGGACCCGGUGCAUUGUCGGGCCGUCAAUUCUAAUUCCUAUACAAAAACUGGAUCUAGGGAAUUUCUACUCUAUACCAUUAAUGAUGCAUUCUGUUUCUUGGUGGAGGGCAUGUGUUUUGUCUGUCCUCGUUCUCGGAUUGGGAACAGUGUCGUCAGGCGAUGAAGAAGUGACCGGUAAACUUGAAACAUCAAGCUGUUACUUUAGCGGACGUUUUUAUAAAGAUGGUGACACGUGGCAACAAGACAAAUGUACCCUCUGUACCUGUACAAAUGGUGAAAUGUCUUGUGACAUUCUUGAAGGUUGCAUAAAUGAUAAGACUUCAGCGGCUGAAGGCCCUGAUCAACAGACUGUCUACCGUUCUGGACCACCUGGAAACCAGGGAUCAGAAGGACUUCCAGGAAGACAAGGAGAGAGGGUAAGAAUUUAUUUUAUUCGUUUUUAUUUAGGUCCUAAUAAGUGUUUACCACCAAAUACAAAACAAUUAGAAUAUAUUUUUUUACUAUAAACACUAUUACAAAUG